ACACUUCACAAUGCUACUUGUAGAUUAGACAACAGCAGUGCAUUUUCCACUGCCGUCUCGCCAUGAUGCUCGUUCUAUUGACAAGCUUUCUACUAGGUGUGAUUUAUUGUUCGUCAGCGGUACGUGAUCGAGAAUUCCCAGCGGAGUUUGAGUUUGGAGUCGGUACAUCUGCCUACCAGAUCGAAGGUGCUUGGAACGAGGAUGGAAAAGGUGAAUCCAUUUGGGAUCACUUCACCCAUCAUCGUCCGGAGAUGAUUGAAGACCGCGAUACUGGCGAUGUUGCAUGCGAUAGCUAUCACCAGUGGCGUCAAGAUGUCGAAAUGGUGAAGGAACUGGGAGUGGAUGUGUAUCGAUUCUCGAUUGCGUGGAGCCGGAUUAUGCCUGAUGGGUUCAGCAAUAACGUAAAUCCCAAGGGGAUCGAGUACUACAACAACCUUAUCAAUGCACUGCUUGACAAUGGCAUUCAGCCGAUGGUGACAUUGUAUCACUUUGAUUUGCCACAACGGCUGCAUGAGCUGGGAGGUUGGUUGACGUGUGAUAUUGUGGAUCAUUUCAGAGAAUAUGCCAGAGUGGUGUUUGAAAAUUUCGGUAAUCAAGUGAAAAUGUGGACGACUUUCAACGAGCCAUGGCACAUCUGUGAAAACUCGUACGGAAGGGAUGGCCUUGCGCCGGCCACGAAUAUUCCCGGGAUAGCGAACUACAUCUGUGGUCAUAAUGUUCUGAAGGCACACGCCGAGGCAGUUCAUCUGUACCGAAAUGUGUUUCAAACGAAGCAAAGAGGAGUGAUUGGGAUUUCUUUGGAUGCAAGAUGGUAUGAACCUGCCACGGAUUCUGCUGAUGACCAGGAGGCAUCCGAUUGGGCUCUGCAGUUUCAUUUGGGCUGGUUUGCUCAUCCGAUAUAUUCACCACAAGGCGAUUACCCGCAAAUAGUUAAGGAUCGCGUAGCCAAUCUGAGUCAAGCGCAAAGAUUUGCGAAAUCGAGGCUACCAGUUUUCAGCAAGCAAGAGGUGGAACGAAUUAAGGGAACAGCCGACUUUUUUGGUUUGAAUACGUACACCACCAGGUUGGCUUCCAAGAAUGGCGACCACAACCCGGCUAAUUAUAGAAUUCCCUCAAAUGAACAUGAUACAGGAGUGUUUCUGUCCGUUGACCCUAGCUGGCCGACAGCUGAAGCGCCGUGGCUAAGUAUUGUCCCUUACGGCCUUCGAAAUUUGUUAGUCUGGGUGAAGCAACAGUACAACAAUCCACCCGUCUGGAUAACCGAAAACGGUGUUGGUACAGUUGCUGGAACUGUGGAUCAUCAACGAGUUGACUACUACAAUGGCUAUCUAAAUGCGGUACUGGACGCUCUGGAAGAAGAUUGUGACGUUCGCGGGUACAUCGCUUGGAGUUUGAUGGAUAACUUUGAAUGGAGGGCAGGCUACAUGUACAAAUUUGGACUGUACUACGUUGACUUUGGAAGUCAAAACCGCACCCGAUAUGCGAAAAUGUCAGCGAAGGUGUUCAAACGCAUCGUUGAAACUAGGAAGAUCGACGAAAGCUACCGACCUCAACCGGAUGUGGUCUUCAAUUCGCACGACGGAAAUAAAAGCACAAAUUGGGAAGCAAUUGCAUUGGCCACUGCAGCAGCGUACAUGCUUCGAAAAAUUAUCAAUUGAAAAAGUGAUAUCAAGGGAUUGUGAUAUUUAACAUUAUCGAUUUGAAGUUAAUAUUCCC